AUGGAUAUAGGGUACUCUUCGGAAGACAGCCAUGAUGGACCCGAAGAAUCCAAAACGGAAGUUAUCAUCCCAAAAGAUGUUAUAACGGAUGUGCUUACCGAGUUGGAUGAACCGUCCACUGCUUUCACUGUCAGCACCGUAAAACCGUUGUACGAAGUGCCAGAAGAAACGAACAGGAAAUUCAACCCUUUCCAGAGAGAGGCUGUUGAUGCUGUGACUUUUAAAUUGCAGAAGAGAUCUUUUAACAGCCAAUUAAACGGUUCGAAUCGGGCAAAGAGUAAGAAACAAAAGUCUACCUCCAAAGGUGACAUCGCUAUGGUUGAGGGGCCCAAUCGGUAUAAAGGAUCCUGGGGUUCCAGCUCUGACGAAUCUGAGCCUUAUUCAUAUUCUGAGCCAGAAGAGAUUAAUUCUAAACCUGACUAUGAAAAGACUGUUCAAUUGACUGCUAAACCUUUGGAAGACGAGUCUUCCGUGAUAUACUCCAAAGAACCAUUCAUGCACAUUCCAAGGGGCGUUGGAGUUGACCUCACGAAUGAGCCAGGAACCAGGGAAUGUUUUGUACCAAAGAAGCGGAUAUUUCAAUGGGAAGGUCAUAAAAGAGGUACUAAUAAACUGCAGUUUUUCCCAAAUUCUGGACAUUUGUUACUAUCUGGAGGUAACGAUAGUUCAGUACUACUGUGGGAUGUCUAUCAUAAUCGAAGUCUUUUACAAGGCUAUUAUGGACACACUAAGCCUGUAAAGGAUAUUAGUUUCAAUAACAAUGGUACACAAUUUGUAAGCUGUUCUUAUGAUAAGACAGUUAAACUAUGGGACACAGAAACAGGUAAAUGUUCGAAUAAAAUAAAACUAGCCUCGUUCCCAAAUGUUAUCAAACUGAAUCCCAACUCAGAUAAACAAAACGAAUUACUAAUUGGGCUUACGGAUAGAAAGAUUCAACAUUAUGAUUUACGUUCAAAUGAGAUCAUUCAAACUUAUGAUCAUCAUCUUGGCGGGAUCAACAGCAUAACUUUUGUCAACGAAAAUCGUAACUUUAUGACAUCUUCAGACGAUAAAACCGUUCUAGUUUGGGAUUUCCAGAUUAAUGCUCCCAUACGAUUCAUAUCAGACCCUCAUCAGCAUUCCAUGCCUCAAAUAGCAUUACACCCAGCUGGUAAGUUCGUUGCUGCUCAAUCAAUGAACAAUACAAUAGUGGUAUUUGGCGCCACAAAUAGAUACAAGAGAAAUAACAAGAAGUUGUUCAAAGGACACAAUACUGCAGGCUACAGUAUUGGACUAGCAUUCUCCCCUGAUGGGAAAAUAUUAGGCAGUGGUGACACCUAUGGUAAUGCAUAUUUUUGGGAUUGGAAAACUUCCAGGUUGGUGACCAAGCUAAAGUUAGAUUCAAAGCCACUGAGUUGUAUCGAUAUACAUCCUCAGGAAACCAGUAAAGUGGCUAUUGCUGGUUUAUCAGGAAAGAUUCAUUACUUAGAGUAA